AUGGGCAGCGGCAGAGCUCCAUACGCCCAAGCUGACGCUUUUUUCCAACUAUUGCUGUUACGGCUUCCGCAGAUCCAAUCUCUUUCUCUCAACUUACCUCGACCUCUGACUCCUUAUUUCUGGUCGGAGAUUCUUCCUGGUCAGUUAACGACCAGUGUAGAGGCCUUAGAAUUGGCAUUUACGUUCUUGGAUGAGCACAAUCUUGCCUGCUUACUCCAAGCCUGUCCUCAUUUGCGCAGUCUAAAAUAUGACUAUUGGACGACAGCACCGACGCGCGACCCUUAUGUCAACGGAGCUGCUAACUACACACCUGAUCGUUCUAGUGAGAGAUUGGUGAACACUCAAAUCCUUAGGAAGUCCCUUGGUCUGGUUCAGAAUACACUGGAAACUUUUCACCUUCACAUAGUUCCGCCUUAUGACUGGUUCAAUCAAUAUUUGCAGAGACUUGAUCUUUCAUCAUUUGGUGUGUUAACCACGCUACACGUACCGUUCGAGCUCUUGAUCGAUAAAGCAUUGUCGCCAACACUGGCAAUAUCACUUCCUCCGUCUUUAAAACAUCUCUGGCUGAACGAUGAUGGUGCCCAGCUCUGGCUCAAUCACCACUCGUUCUGGGCUCCGAUCAAAGGCUACCACAUUGAAACCAACGUGAACCCUGUCUGCGACCCCUCAUGGCAUCCAAUACACACCGAUCAGGAAAUCAUAGAUGUAACAUACGAAUUCCUGAUGAAUUGGCGGGCGCGAGUACCGGAUCUAAGGACUCUCCGGUUGAUCUUCUACUCUGUCAAGUGGCCCUGCUGGCCAGAACGAGAUACUGCGCUUAUUGGGGCUACCUUGGUGCCGGUUGGUGAAUCGACUGGAAUUCAAGUCUCGGUCAACAAGGUGCAUGAACGGCCGUGUGUCUGUGACGGAAAGUCAGUGCACACGGGUCAAGAUCCGCCAUAUUUCACACUCGAUGCUAUCCGGGAAAGCAGAUGGCCUGAAGUUGACAAUUGA